AGUAUACUAGAAAUUAGACAGUCGAUAAUGUUGCUUAAAAAAAUUUUCAUAUUCAAACAAUUAAUCAGAAAACCAUCGGCGAUUAUAUAUAUUUUGGUUCUAUGGGUCUUAUUGUUUUUGAAUUAUUCAACAAUCUUCAAAUUGACAACCAAAAUAUACAUUGUUAAUGAUAAAAUCUCAAAAUAUGCUGAAAGCUAUAUAACCAAUGAAACAAUCACUUCUGGUUCUUCUUUCAUUGAUGAUGAUUAUGACCAAGAACAUAUCGAUGAAAAUUUUGAUAGCAAUAAUAACCAAUUAUUGAAAAAACCAAUAUCUGACAUGUUAUACUAUAAAAUAUUCAAUAAUAAUAUUAAUCUGGAUUUAUCUUGGAACGACAAAAUCAAUCUAUUAAUUGAAAGUAAACCCAAUAUCCAAAAUUCAAUAAAAAGUUUAGCCAAUUAUAUCAAUCAUAACAAAACAAAGACCAAAAUACCUCAUUAUUUCAUCAAGAAUUUUCAACUAAACGCUAGUAAUAACAAUGAUAAUCAAAAUAAUGAUCAAAAUAAUGAUCAAAAUAAUAAUCAAAAUAAUAAUCAAAAUAGAUACUUACCGUUGAUUUUCGACAAAUUUGAUUAUAGAAUGACACUAGGGGUUUACUUAAAUUACAUCAAAUUAAAUCUAAUAAAUAAUAAUUACCAAAAUAUUGAAAUUCCAUUUGAUUGGUAUGACUUUGUUGAUUUGACAAUAUUAAACAACGAAAUUUUGGUCCAAUUAUUCAUUCAAUAUAACUUAUUUAAUAACAGCAAUUUUGAUUUAGAAUAUAUUGCCGACAUCUAUAAACAGCAUAAUUCUUGUUCAAUCUUCGUUGAUCCAAAACUUCAAGAUAUUGAUCCUGAAACUUUUUUUAAAAUCAAUGAAUUAUUACUUACUUUAAACUUAACAAAUAAUUUAAACUCUUUUAAUAAAAAGUCACUUAGAUUGUCUCCUAAUCAAUCCAAAAAUAUGUUCUCUCAAUCUCAUGUAACAACAAUAUCAUGUAGAGAUUUGCACUAUUUCAAAUUUUUAACUGACUACUUAAAUAGCGAUAAUGAUGAUAACAAUAAUUUUUCAUUUUUUCAUCCAAAAUUAAAACCAUAUCUAGGCUUUAAUCUAAUUGAUUCACCUUCUUCAAGACAUAGUGUUUUAAAAAAAAAAUUUAAUGGCAAAGCAUACUUGUAUAAUUAUAAUAAUAUAAACAAUGUUAAAAUUCGUCCAUUUAAAAUAAUAUUUAUCAAUGAAAAUUUCAAAACUCUUAAUUCAAACCAAGAAAUUAAAAAAUUGGAAUUUAAUAUUAAAAAUUUCGAAUUUUUAAAUCAAAACAACAAUAAUGAUAAUGUUGAAAGUUAUGAUUAUCUCCAGAAUCACGAAAAAUUAUACCCAUUAAAAAGCCAAAGAUUAUUGGAAAAUGGAUAUGUCAAUGGGUUUCUAAGAGAAGUCACAAAAGACAAAAUUAUCAAAUCUAAAAAUAAUGACUCAUAUAUAUAUAUUGAUCCACUUGAUGAGUUUAAUGAAAUCAAUGAUAUUCUCAACAAAUCAAAUAAUAAAAAUAUAUCUUUCUUGAGUAACUCAAAUCUUAAACAAAUUAAUAAUAAUAAAGAACUUGAACAGCUAGUAAAAGAGAUCAACAAAUUACUAGAUUCGAAAGAUGAUACUGACCCAAAUUCUUUGAGCGUCGAUGCUUUUGUGUUUAAUAUUGAUCUAAUAAUAAAUAUUUUUGAAAAAUUAGUUGAUGCUGAAAAACUUCAAAAGGAUUUAUUAUUAGAUCCACCAGAGACUCCACUAGCAAUUGAAUUCAAAAAAAACGAAUUGAAAACAACACAGCUUUCUAAAAUACUAACUCCAAAUUUAUUGAAUUAUUAUAGAUCAAUGACAUUUUCCAAAUCACAAGGCACAAAUAUUUCUAAAUAUUUCAAAGAAUGUAGUUUUUCUAAUAAAAAGAUUGAUGGUUCACAUUACGAUUGGAGAUUUUUUCAAGGAAUAAUUUGGGAAGAUUCUCAAAGAAAAAUAAUAUUAGAAAAGUUAUUAAAAAACUGGUUUCAUUUUUUAGACUCCAUUGAUUUAAAAAGCUGGCUAGCUCAUGGAAGUUUGUUAUCGUGGUAUUUCUCAUCUUCUGUUUUUCCUUGGGAUAAAGAUAUUGAUUUGCAAAUGUCAAUUAAAGAUUUAAACAAGCUAUGCCUAUAUUAUAAUAAUUCAAUUAUAUUAGAAGAUGUUACUAAGGGAUUAGGAGAAUAUUAUUUAGAUUGUAACAUUGAUAUGUUUUCGAGAGAAAAAAAUAAAGGCGUGAAUAAAAUUGAUGCAAGAUUUAUUGAUGUCCAAAGUGGUUUAUACAUUGAUAUUACAGGAUUAAGCUUUUCUAAUACCCAAACUCCUUUUUUGUAUAAAGCAAUAAUGGAUUUUAAUACCAACAAAUUCCAUCCGAAUUAUAAAUAUGGUGCUCAAAAAAAUAACUAUAAUGAAAAAUAUUCAAUUUCCAAAUAUAAAGAUAAUUUUGAAUAUUUGAAAACAAUCCAGAAUAGUAAAAAUGAUAAAAAUAAAAAAAAUUUGGAAAGAAAUUUAAAACUAGGUCUAGUAAAUUGCCGCAACAACCAUUUCUAUGAACUUAAUGACUUAUUGCCUUUGAAUUUAACAAUAAUAUCUGGAACAAAUACAUUAUCAACAAAUGUAUAUUAUCCAAAACAUUUCAAAAGAAUGUUAAAAAAAGAGUACGGAAAUGAUUGCCUAAAACCGUAUUAUAGAAAUUAUUAUUAUUAUAAGAAAAUUGGGCAGUGGAUUCCAACCCUUUUCUUUAGAGAUAAAUUAAGAGAAUUUUAUUCAAAAAGCAAUUUUGAACAGCUAAAGGCUAAUGAAAUAAAGUAUAUUGAAAAGUAUAAUAAAACAAAACAUAAAGGUACAGAGAAUAAUACCAUAAAACCAAGUGUUGAUACGGUUAAUAAUAUUGUUGAAAAUAUCAAUGACAAAUUCAUAAAAAUGAGCGACAUAGUUUCUCCAAUAAAGAAGAAUUUAAAAGAUUUUGAUACUAAUGAUAAUGCAGAUUUUAUUGAAGAGAAUUUCAAAGAAGAAGAUUACUUAAUAUUAUUAAACCAGGACGAUGAUACAUUAUUAGAAUAUUUAAAGAUAAACAAGUUGAUAACUCAUCAUUAUGAACAAUUAUCAAUCAGCAAUGGAGAUUUGAGCACAAAAAAUAAACAAGAAAAUAUGGCACGCUAUGAUAAAGAGCUAAUAAAGGAUGGAAUAGUUGAAAACCAUAAUACAAUAGAUCUUUCAGAUGCUAUUGAAGAUAAUUAUUUAUAUGUUUUGAAUAAAAAAAAGAACCAUAAAUAGAUAAAAACAACAUUUAUUUAUUUUUUUUUUAAUAUGAGACUAGUGCUUUUGAAGUUGGAAUUUUUGAGAGAUUCUUGAGAAAUUUCAGUGUUAUUUCUUGAAACUUAUUUAGGCCUUUCUCUAUUCGAGGCCUUAUUGGAUCUUCUCAUCAUAUAGUCAGCUAUUUGCUGUUUUCCUUCACUGGUGACAAAAAGCCUCCUUGAGUUAUCAUGGCUCCAUAACAAUACUCCAAUUUCAUCGGAGUAUUUUUUGAUUGCUAAAUACUGUUGUAUUGAACUGAAAUCUUUAAAUAAAUAACCUA